AUGAAAAUGGAGCCCGACGUGCCUUGUUAUUAAUAGACGUCCCAACUCUCCCAAACGCCCCAUGUUCCUAUGGAAUAACAGUAUGCUACAAAAGUGCUUUGGAGCUACUACCGCUGAAGGUUCUAUUGGGGUGCGGAGGCGUAGCGGAAGACAGGGGCAAGCGUGAAUAGCCGACGCCUCCGUAACCAUGGCUGCGAGGGGCGGGGACUGAGAGCGCCGGUCACGGGACUGGGGCCGGCCGGGAGACUCAGUCCUCCACGGUCCCAGCCGGCCCUGCGCACGCUUUUCGUCUCCCCUCCCCCGCCCCGCGACACGCUGCGUGGCUGCUCGUUGGCUACUUAGGACGGAAGCUCGGUUGGUGCUUCUCCAGAAGUUUCCCCGUUGGGCGGCGGCGGUGUAGCUCAUAACCUCGGAGGAAGCUGCUCUAACGGCAACAGCGACUUUUAGGGAUGGCGGCAGCUGCAGCAGAACCUGCGAGAGCCCAGAAGUUUUUCCGGAGCUUCUCAGAUGCUCUGAUCGAGGAGGACCCCCAGGCGGCGUUAGAGGAGCUGAUUAAGGCUUUGGAACAGAAACCAGAUGAUGCUCAAUAUUAUUGUCAAAGAGCUUAUUGUCACAUUCUUCUUGGGAAUUACUGUGAUGCUGUUGCUGAUGCAAAGAAAUCUCUUGAACUUAAUCCAAAUAAUUCCACUGCUAUGCUGAGGAAAGGGAUAUGUGAAUACCAUGAAAAAAACUAUGCUGCUGCUUUAGAAACUUUUAUAGAAGGACAGAAAUUAGAUAGUACAGAUCCUGAUUUCACUGUCUGGAUUAAAAGGUGUCAAGAGGCCCAGAAUGGAUCACAAUCUGAGGUGUGUGCAUCCCAGAGGACUCAUCAGUCAAAAAUCAAGUAUGACUGGUAUCAAACAGAAUCUCAAGUAAUCAUUACACUUAUGAUCAAGAAUGUUCAGAAGAAUAAUGUAAAUGUGGAAUUUUCAGAAAAAGAGUUGUCUGCUUUGGUGAAACUUCCUUCUGGAGAGGAUUACAAUUUGCAACUGAGACUUCUUCAUCCUAUAAUCCCAGAACAGAGCACAUUUAAAGUACUUUCAACCAAGAUUGAAAUUAAAAUGAAAAAGACAGAGGCUGUGAGAUGGGAAAAGCUAGAGGGGCAAGGAGAUGUGCCUAAACCAAAACAGUUCAUAGCAGAUGUAAAGAACUUAUAUCCAUCAUCAUCUCACUAUACAAGAAAUUGGGAUAAAUUGGUUGGUGAGAUCAAAGAAGAAGAAAAAAAUGAGAAGUUGGAGGGAGAUGCAGCUUUAAACAAAUUAUUUCAGCAGAUCUAUUCAGAUGGUUCUGAUGAAGUGAAACGUGCUAUGAACAAAUCAUUUGUAAGAACAUAAGCUUGAAAAACACAUAUUGUGAUGGAGUCUGGUGGUACAGUUUUGAGUACCAACUGGUCUGAUGUAGGUAAAAGGAAAGUUGAAAUCAAUCCUCCUGAUGAUAUGGAAUGGAAAAAGUACUAAAUAAAUUAAUUUGCUAUCACUGUAUUGCAUAUAUUUACCUAUGCCCAUUGUGUAUUAAUAUCGCAUUCUUGAAUUUUGAACUCUGAGUAUCUUUUUGAAAGGUUAUACCUCUUUACCUCUUUGUGCUUUAGAAAUUAUUUUCCUUCCAAGUGUUCUAAGAGUCUAAUGAAGAACUAAGAUAUUUUAACACUUUUGUCCUUAAGGAUUUCAGACAUGCUGAAAUGGAAUGAAGUAUCAUUUGCUACUAGCUAGAUUAAUUCUACCUAGUUAUGGAAGUGGAAAAAUCAUCAGUGGGAUAUCUUGGGUUAUUGCCUUAUUUUUGAUGGAGUAUUCUGUUAAUUUAUUAGAUUUGGCAGUUUUGGGUGAGCAUAGAUUUUUUUCACCUUCUGUGUUACGUUGUUUGCUUUUAAAAACUGCUUUUGGAUGGAGUUGUAAAUACAAUUUUUCUAUGAAGAAGUUUGGUUUAUUUACCUUUUUCUUAAGUUUUGUAAUGAGAACUUUGAGAAAUUAUAACAGGGAAUUCUUAUUUGGUUAUUUUUAUGGGAAAUAUUUGUAGUUACACUGAGAUUUUGGUCCUUACCUUCCAAAUUCCUGUAUAAAACAUAGACACCUGAGUUUAACAUGCUGCAAAUUUAUCCAUACUGAAGGCUAAUCUGUGAAAUUGGGCCAAAGAGUGAUUUAGGAAAGCCCAACACUACUUCUUGCUGGGGUUCUUUUGUUGUUGAUUUUUUUUUUUUUUUUUGGCCACAUCAGGAGGCUUGAAAUUACUGGUGGUUUGUUUUGUUUUGAGGUUUUGUUGUUUUUGUUUUUCUGUAUUUUUUUCUUUAUUAGAAUAUUUCUUUUCUCACAUCCCAACGAUUACUUUGGUUUCAGUGGUUUAGGCUAGCUGCUGAGAGGGUAAUUUAAUAGGUAUAUACUUAGUAUGUACUCUGUUUCUAGAGUAAAUAGAUACCAUGGGAAUACAAAAAGUAAAGACACGAUCAUUAACUUCAAAGAGCUUAUAAUCUAGCAGAGAGAAACUUAACAUUCAUGAAAGAAUUAUGGAAUGGCUGAUUGCUGAACUCAUUAUAAAUACAGUCUUGAGACAGAAAAAUAGUGUUUUAUGAUUAAAAUUCUUUGCGGUCUCAGCUGUUACAAAGUAUAUGCCAUUGAUGACCUGUAGGUCUAACUUUGCUUUUUGACCAUAAUUGUUGAAUUGUUGAGGUUGAUGUCUGUUAGUUCUCACAGUGUGGCAAGGCAUUCCUAUACCCUCGUAGCUGAGGAUAGGGUGAAUCAGAGGUGAAUCAGCCAUUGGUUCAGCCUCCCAAAGAGUUAGAAUUCAGUCCCUUCGAUCUAGUCAUUUGAUUUGAAAUGUAGCAGGGUUCAUGAGGAAAAUGGUGGUGCGGUGAUAUCUGACUUUACCCAAACCUCUUACAGCCUGUUAAUGCACCUGGGAGUUUUCACUUGUCCUUUUGCCCACUUAAGACUACAGGCUACUUUUUUGGUUCUUCAGCACUGAAGGAAAAGGUAAAAUUAAUUUCUUGCUUGUGUGAAUUUCUGAAAUUUUCUCCUUAAGGAAAUUAGAUAGUAGUUUUAGUAUUCUGUAUGUCACAGUUUCUCAAUACCAUUAGUCCUAAGGGGAGUUAGGGAGGCCAGUGCUACAGAUAGGAUAAGUUGGGCAUACAGCACUACCCCAGAGACAGGAAUCCUAGCUUCAGCAAAUCUCUGCCACUAAUUAGCUUUAUAAUCUUCAGCAGGUUUAGCCUUUCUAUGUCUUAGUUCCUUUAUUGGUAAAUAGUCUUUAGGUCCUUAGAGUUAAAAUUAAAAGUCCAUGAUUCUAAAUAAGAAACAUUUUUGUUGCUUAAGAGCAGCUUUUUUCUUUCUUAGGAAUGACACUAUUGUAAUAGAAGUUGAUUUAAAAAAAAAUUCUAGUACUAGUUUUGCUUGUACUUUACCAAGGAUACAUUAUAUCUAAAGUAUGCUUAUCUGUUGGCUAGAUUUGCUUAAUGUUUGGGAUUCAGGAUUUUGCUGAGCCAAAUGAAGUUCCUAAUAUACAUGACUAUAAAUGGACCUGGUCCAAGUACAACAAAUUUAUGGGUAAAGAGGGACUUAUGAGAAGUAGGUUAGACUGCUGCCCUAAAAUACCACUCUGAAGUACUGCAUCUCUUUCACCCUUUAGAUAAUGAGAAUUUUUAGCCUGCAGAAAGUUAAAAAAACAAAAAACCAACAAACCCAUCAUUUCAAUUAAGAGCCUCUUUAUCCUUAUGCUCUAUAUUCUCAGCUAUUAAUUGCUCUCUCUUUCUAGACUUCAUUUUCAGUUCUUAAAUUUUGGUUUUGUUAGUGUUCUGGUUAACCUUUUGUUUCUUUAGAAGGUACAUUUUUUUUCUCCUAGUAUUUCUUAUUUUCCUUUUUAAGGUUUAGUCUUGGAAUACUUUUUUUCUUAGCUUUUUCAUCUAUUCUCCUGAUUUUUGUAAUCAUCUGCACCUUGAUGACUUCCCAGAAUUCUCACACUAUCAUCAAAGAAUUUUGAACAGGAUAAUCUACUUCUUUGAGCUCUUCUAUCAAGUAAUCUCUUUAGAUGGCUGUACAAGGUCAAUUUUGAUGAUUUUCUGUCAUGUGUCCUAACCCAUUCAGAGUUGGUUGCCAGUUAUAACAAAGUUCAGUCUUCAGCAUUGGCAGUUACAGGCCACUUUAAAAAAUAAUUGGUUUUCUCUGUCUUUAUAUGGAAUGGAGAGAAAGGAGGGUUUGCAUUGAUAACUACAUUUUAAAAAUUAUUUCAUCUCUUAGAUUUGUGAUAGUCACUAACUUCAGAACAUUGAAUGAUUAUUGUCUCCCUGAGGCUAACUAUUUAGAACAAGGGAGAAAAUUGAAUUCUUAUAAAUAUAUUUAUAAAUUUAUAUCUAUAAAUUUUAUAAAUUUCAAAUAUUUAAAGUGGGGGUAUGUCAAUACAUUAAUAUAAAUAGGUAGAGAUUUUAAUUUAGUUCAGAACUUAAAUAUUUGUUUGGCUAUCCUUACCCAUUUUACUUUCCUUUUCUCCUUCCCCAAUUACCUACAUAUCAGAAUAGGUCAUUGAUCUCUGAGAUCUCUCACUGAUUCAGAGCAGUAUUGCCUAUUCAUUUACCAUCUGAUCUGCCUAAUGAACUUUAAUUAUAUUAGGAUCUUCCUUGUCCAAAUUAGUGUGUAUUUCUCUGGCUUGUAGCUAUUACUGACAUUUCCAAAAAUAUUCAGAGAAUUUCUGAGUGGGUGGUUGGUUAUGAGAGCUACUUUACUUUUUAACCACCUCUAAAGAAGUUUACCUUUAGACAUUCAUACCUGUUGUUACAUAGUCUCGUAAUAAUACGGAUUUCGGUUAUCUGUGGCUCGGAGAAACCAGGGAGAGGAGAUAAUAAAAGCAUAAAAGGACAAAAUAAUGGUGUCUGUGCCAGAAAGAGUUAAGUAGUUCUAAAUGAGAGAUCAUCAACAUUGAUCUGGUUUCCGUUGUCUCCAGUUAUGCAUAUUCUAUUGUAGGUUCAUUUUAAACCAAGAUAUUUGAUUUUGGAAAUAAACUUGUGGGUAAAUUGGAAAUACUGAUUUACUCACAGUUGUUACUGUUUGGGACCAUCCUUAUGAUUUGCUUCUGAAGUUAACUCUGAGCCUCUCUUCCUACCUCAGUAAACUUGCCCCCCAAAUCAAGCUAAAAUCCUAUACUUCGCUAAUCCAUUAGGGCAGUAACAGUGGUAGCAAUUCUGUACUAGUACAUUUUAUGGGCCAGGUGUCACUAAGUGCCAUAUAUAUACUACCUCAUAUAUAACAGCCUUGUGAAGUAGUGAGGCCAAAGUUAAGUUCUUUGCCCAAAUUUACUCCACUGAUAAGUGAUGCAGCAGGUGAACCCAGGCCUUUCAGACUCCAGUGCCAUGUUGUAACUCCCUCUUGAGGCUUAUGAGUUGGGUGUACAAGGAGUGAUUUUUGUUAACUACCUAUCUGACAAUGAAGCCGAAAAUGUAUAUGUUGAAUUAUUUAAUUCUGCUUGUAUGUGGGCUGGGAAGGUAUUUUCUUUCUGUCUUUGUCUUUCUUUUCUUUUCUUUCUUUCUGAGAGAGAGCAAGUGUGGAAUGGGGAGUGGCAGAGGGAGAGAGAGAAUCCCAAGCCAGCUCCAUGCCCAGCACAGAGCCUCAUGCGGGGCUCAUUUCCACAACCCCAAGAUCACGACCUGAGCCAAAAUCAAGUGUUGGACGCUCAGCCAGCUGAGCCACCCAGGUACCCCCGGAAAGGUAUAUUCGUAAAUGUCAGAAUAUUAUCAGUUUCCUAAGUAGGAAACUUACUAGGAAUCCAAACCUCUUGCUUCUUAAAGAAGGUAGUAUAAGCAAGUUAUCUUGAUUUGUGUUGCAGGUGCUGUGUUUGUUUUUUUUUUUUAUAAAAAUUAUUUCAUCUCUUAGAUGAAACAAGAUACCCUUAACAAUUGUCGCAGGUAUAAGAAGACUGGCACAUCAUGCUGAUCAAAUUCUUAGGAUAAUAAUAAUAUCCACCUCGUGAGCCGUUAGGAGUUAAAUGAGUUGUUUAUUUUAAUCCAGAAAAAAGUAAAUUUGUGUAUGAACUUAGAGUACGAAGUCGUAUUUUGCCUCAGAAAUAUUAAUAUAUUUAAUUACAGAAUGCUAGCACAGAUCCUACUGAUGUUAAAAAAAUGAUAUGUCUGUAUUGUAUUCUAAAAUCCAAAAUUCUGAAUUGUAGAAACACAUCUGACACCAAGGGUUUGGAAAGAAUUAUGUACCUGUAUAUUUAAAGUGCAAAGAGCAGUACUUAAUAUUACAGAUCAUGUCAGGUUUUUUUUUUAAGAUUCUGUUUAUUUAGAGAGAAUCUCAAGCAGACUCUGCGCUGCGAAUGGAACCUGAUGGCAGGGCUCGAUCUCACAACCUUGGAUCAUAACCUGAGCCGAUAUCAAGAGUUAGACACUUAACUAAGCAACCCAGGUGCACCCCUGUCAGAUUAUUUUAUAUGCAUUUAGGCUGAGAGGCUUAAAUCCUGUAAAAAGCCUUUUUGUUAUAAGUUCAGUCCUACCAGAUUCAAGAUUCUGUUUGAGGAAAGUAUCAGCUAGUUAAAAAUUUUAUACUUUGAAAGCAUUAGAGUUCAUAGGAAAAGUCUUUAAUUUGAAUGAGUAAUUUUAAUUAAGCAGAACUUAAAUAUGUAUAUAUUAGUGGUAUUUUAAAAAGAAUCAUGAAGUGUACUGGUGGUAGAAGAUACAAACUAUGUAGAAUAUUAAGGGACUUCUUUUUAGAAAUUCUUUGGUUUUAAUUCCAUUUUAAUUUAAAUGUCAAACCAGUAAAACUGCUAGGAUUUAUAAAAACAAGGUACAAAAUCAUACCACUUGUAAACCAUGAAUUCUGUCCUGUUAUUUCCAUUGGUAUAGAGAAGCUGGUGUUUUUAUAAAAGAAGCUGAUGUUUUAUAAGAGUCAAUCCUAUUUUCACACCAAAGAAUGGGGAAUGUCAGCCUUAAAAAUAGCCGGUUAUUUUACCAGCAAAAUGAGUUUAUUCAGGAAUAGCAGAAGAAAUGCAAUUUGGAACAUUCCAACUGUGGUAAACCAUAGGCAAGUCCAGGAAUGAAGAAGAGGGGCUUGCUUUUAUAGAGGAAAGGAAGAAGUUGGAGGGAGAGUUUUUGAACAAACGUUUGGUGGGGGAGAGGAAUUCGGGGUUGUGGCAACUUCUCAUUGGCUGGCCAGGAAUCAGGUUUUCUCCAUUGAGUGAUUUUGUCCCUCAGUGCCAGGAAGGACCUUUUUUGGUUAUCAUGUCCCACGGUGGAGAGAAGGUGCACAGGUGGGAAACCAUUUAGGCCACAUUUGAGUGAAAAGGAAAGGUAGGGAGAACUCAGGCAUUUCCAAUCUAAAGUCUUUAUCUUGUUAAGUGUUGUAAGCAUGGGAGAUCACUAAAACGUUGAGCUAGAAUUACCCUGUUGGACAUUUUUACAAAGGGUUGGUGGCAUCGGGUACAAAGCUUAAUAAGAAUUAUACAAAGCAGAAUUGAAAGUAAUAAUGACAAGUCCAGUUUGUUCAGUGCUUGUAAACCAGGAGCCCAAACAUGAAGGUAACCAAACCAGAUGAAGAGAUCAAAGGAUUGUUAAAUGAAAUUUGUUAUAGCAAUGUGUUAACUCCCUAAUUUUAUGCAGUUGGAUUUCUACUUCCCCAGAGGAAUUUAUCCAUGUGCAACAUAUGGUAUUGGCAGUCACAUAAACACCUCCUCAUUCAGCAAGUACACAGUCAAGGGCUGUACGAUUAGCCAAAACUACUCUAGCCAUCAAGUCAAGUGAUUGUUGGUGGGCUGCUCUUGGCUUGGCAGCACAAUUGGGUAGCUCUCAUGUCGGAGAGAUUUUGGAUAAUGCAAUCCUUGGCACUUCCUCUGACCUUAAGGGAGGCUCUCUCUACGUAGGCAAACUGGGAGUCCUAUUUGCUUCCUGGAAGUUCCCAUUUAAGAUGACCAUGGAGGCUUAAUGGGGUAGACUAGUAGUAGGCUGCUCAUUUGUUACGAAGAGAAAAUAGGACAGUAAGUACAGUAAGAGCACAUUGUCCAGCUGUCAAGUUGCCCAAGCAUAGGGGCAAUUCACCAGAACCUCCACAUGUAAAGGAGUAGCUGGGAUGUGUAUAUAUGACUUCCUCUUAAGUAUUAGCAUUUAUGGAGCCAUUGGUCAAUAUAGAGGUGUUUGCAUCAUUCAGCCAAGAGGCAAAUGCCAUAUUACAUAUUGAAAGACCACUGAGAUAACAUGGGUUUGACAGCAAACCUGCAAAUGAUUUGACUACGUUGACUAUUUAUAUCUUUCAUACAUGUAUUUGAUGGAUCACAUUCUCCCAUCCCAGGGUUGGGUUAAAUUGAGGCAAGGAAUGGUGGUAUGUGGAUUUAGUAUUCCAACUUUAUAUAAAAGGGACCUGUGGGACAAUUCAGGCUUAUGGUGGCACCUGGGAUUCCAACAAACUUACUUAUACGGUAAACUAAGGGGUCACUGCUGUCAUGGAUGGAUAGUGGUUUCAGAUGACAAAUCUAGUAAUUGGAGCAGCUUAUCCCUUUUUCAAGGUAUUGGGAAAUGCUGAGAAAGGCAUUACCCUUCCAUGAAAGGGAGAAGAAAACGUGAGAACAAGCAAGGGAAAGAAGGUAUACAGGCCUGGUCCAGUCAUCUCAGGAAAGCUGUUGUCUGCUUCGACUCCUGGAAGUCUUGACUUUCAGGUCACCAGUUGGUGCAUAGGUCCAGUUGGGGUUUGGUGCUUUCUUUAGAUGGGAUACAUGGAUCCAGAAGUCUGUUUCUGGCGUUUGGUGGCUAGCAAUUGGGCCUUUCCAGCAAGAUUGAAGGGAGUCUUUGUAGAGAUGUCAUUUACAAUAGAUUAAAUAUCUGAGUUACAAGGAGUGAUGCUUGAGUUCUUUGUCUUCCCGGAGUGUGCUGUGGGAAGAUUGUUCUACUAGAGCUGGUUAUUUCCAUCAGAAGUAAUUAGACCUUGAUAGUAUUAAAGCACGUUUCCUUUUCUUCGCGGUGAAUCAGAGAAACAGGAGCUAUGUGCAUUGGGUGCCGUGAGGUUUCCAGAUUGCAAAUGAGCUGUGUUCCUGAAAUUUAAAAGGACUAAUGGCCAAUGCUUUUGGCCUGAGUAUUUAAAAGGGUCUCUAUAAAUCCUGCCAGUGGAGCCUUAAUGAUGCCAUUAGUGCAUUUGAUUAGCUGAGGAUUGAGGGUGAUAAGCACAAUGAAAGUGUAGUAGAAUGGCUUAAUGAGCACAGGCCUUUAAAGCCCUUGACCAGAGAAUUGAGUUCCCUUGCCGCUAUAAAGUUCCAGGGGAGUUCCCCAGGUAGGAACAAUUUUUUUUUUUUUUUAAGAUUUAUUUAUUUAUUUGUGAAAGAGAGUACGUGUACAUGAGCGGGACUAAGGGCAGAGAGAAUCUCAAGCAGACUCCCCACUGAGUGCGGAGCCCAACUCAGGGCUCAGUCUCAGGACCCUGAGUCAUGAUCUGAGCCAAAAUCAAGAGUCAGAUGCUCAACCUACUGAGCCACCCAGGCACCCCCAAGACAAUCCUUUCUAAUAGUAUUUUAGCCAUGGAAGAGGCAAUAGCUUGCCUAACAAGGAAAAGCUUCAGUACAGUGAGAAAACAUACAAACUGACUAAAACAUAUUUAUAAGACUGGAGCUAGGGAGAGACUGACUGAAAUUCAUUUGCCAAACUUUGAAUUGUCCAUUGGGCAAUUUAAAGUGUCCAGGAGUGAGGCAUCUGGGUGGCUUAGUCAGUUAAACGGAAACGUCUGACUCUUGAUUUUGGCUCAGGUCAUGAUCCUCAGGAUUCUGAGGUUGAGCCGCGCAUCACGCUGUGCACUGGGCAUUGGAGCUUGCUUAAGAUUCUCUCUCCCCCUACACCCCCCACUUACACAACAGCUAAAUAAAGUGUCCAGGAUCAGUACAGAUAAUAUUCCUUGGGUUGUAUUUGGAGCAGGUGGAGCAAGCAAAGUAGGCACUUUUUAUGUCUUAAUUGAUAAUUCCCCACUAGUAUUGGUUCAUAAUGGCUAUCAUUUCGUCAGAAGACCAAUAAUUCAAAGCAUAUACAGUAUGAAAAAUUUUUAAAGAUUUUAUUUUUAUUUAUUUAGAGCACAUGAGCAUGGCAAGGGGCAGAGGGAGAGAGUCUCAAUCAGAGUGCAGAACCCAGUGCAGGGCUCGAGCCCACAACCCUGAGAUCAUGAUUUGAGCCGAAAUCACGAGUCAGGUGCUUACCUGACUGAGCCACCCAGGAAACUGAGGUUUCCCAGUGCAUAUAAAAUUUGUUUAUGCUAUACUGUAGGCUGUUAAGUGUGUAAUUGCAGUAUGUCUGAAACAACAUGUAUCUUAAUUAAAAAGUGCUUUAUUGCUGGAGCGCCUGGGUGGCUCAGUCAGUUAGGUGUCUGCCUUUGGCUCAGGUCAUGAUCCCAGGGUCCUGGGAUCGAGUUCCGCAUCAGGCUCCCUGCUCCAAGGGGAAGCCUGGUUCUCCCUCUCCCUCUGCUGCUCCCCCUGCUUGUGCUGUCUCUGGGGAAAAAAAAAGUAUUGCUAACCAUCUAACCAUCUUCUGAGCUUUCAACAAAUCAGUCCUUUUGCUGGUGAAGGUUUUGCCUUGAUUCUGAUGGCUGCUGACUGAUGGGGGUGGUUGUUGAAGAUUGUGGCUGUGGCAUUUUCUUGAGACAACAAUGAAGUUUGUAAAUUGACUUUCAUAAAUGAUUUCUCUGUAACAUGUGAUGCUGUUAGAUAGCAUAUUACACACAGAACUUCUUUCAGAAUUGGGAGUCAGUCCUUCCAAACCCUGAUGCUGUUUUAUCAACUAAAUUUAUGUGAUAUUGUGAGUCCUUUGUUGUCAUUUCAACAAUCUGCCCAGCAUCGUCACCAAGAGUAGAUUUCAUCUCAAGAAGCCACUUUUUUUGCUCAUCCAUAAGAAGUAUUUCUUCAUCUGUUAAAGUUUUAUGAUGAGAUUGCAGCAAUUGUCACAUUUUCUGGCUCCACUUCUAAUUCUAGCUGUCUUGUUAUUACCACCAAAUCUGCAGUUAUUUUCUACACUGAAGUUUUGAACCACUCAAAGUCAUCAAUGAGAGUUGGAAUCAGCUUCUCCCAAACUCCUGUUAAUGGUGAUAUUUCGACCUCUCCCUAUGAAUCACAGAUGUUCUUAAUGGCAUCUAAAAUGGUGAAUUCUUUCCAGAAGGUUUUCAGCUUGCUUUGCCCAGAUCCAUCAAAGGAACCACUAUCUUUGGCAGUUGUAGCCUUAUGAAAUAUAUUUCUUAAAUAAUAAGACUUGAAGUUAAAAUUAUGCCUUGAUCUAUGAGAUGCAGAGUGUAUGUUGUAUAAGUUCUUUAUGUAUUUGGGUAUUAACCCCUUAUCAGAUACAUUGUUUGCGGAUAUCUUCUCCCAUUCAGUAGGUUACCUUUUCAUUUUCAUGAUGGUUCCCUUCACCGUGCAAAAGUUUUUUAUUUUAAUGUAACUCCAGUAGUUUAUUUUUGCUUUUGUUUCCCUUGUCUGAGGAGACAUCUAGAAAAAUGUUGCUAAGGCUAAUGUCAAAGAAAGCACUGCCUAUGUUUCUUCUAGGAGUUUUAUGGCUUCAGGUAUCACAUUUAGGUCUUUAAUCCAUUUUGAGUUUAUUUUUGUGUAUGCUAUAAGAAAGUAGUGGUCCAGUUUCAUUCUUUUGCUUUUAGCUGUUCAGGUUUUCUAGUACCAUUUAUUGAAGAGACUGUCUUUUCCCUGUUGUUUGUUCUUGCCUCCUGUAUCAUAGAUUAAUUGAUCGUAGAAGCAUCGGUUUCUGAUCUCUCUGUUCGUUCGUUUGUUUGUUUGUUUGUUUAUUUAUUUGACAGAGACACAGCGAAAGAGGGAACACAAGCAGGGGGAGAGGGAGAGGGAGAAGCAGACUCCCAGCUGAGCAGGGAGCCCGAUGCGGGGCUCGAUCCCAGGACCCUGGGAUCAUGACCUGAGCCGAAGGCAGAUGCCUAACGACUGAGCCACCCAGGCGCCCCAAGAUCUCUCUGUUCUUUUUCAUUGAUCUCUGUGUCUGUUUUUGUGCCAGUACCAUGCUGUUUUUACUACUGCAGUUUCAUAGUAGUUCUUGAAAUCUGAGAUUGUGGUAUCUUGAACUUUGUUCUUCUUUUUCAGUGUUGCUUUGGCUACUCAGGGUCUUUUAUGGUUGCAUACAAAUUGUAGUAUUGUUUAUUUUAGUUCUGUGGAAAAUGCUGUUGGUAUUUUGACAGGGAUCACAUUAAAUCUCUAGAUUGCUGUGGGUAGUAUGGACAUUUUAGCAAUAUUCUUCCAAUCCAUGAGCAUGGUAUGUCUUUUCAUUUGUUUUGUCUUCAGUUUUUUCAUCCAUGUUUCAUAGUUCAGAGUACAGGUCUUUCAUCUCUUUGGUUAAGUUUAUUCCUGGGUAUUUUACUCUUUUUGGUGCAAUUGUAAAUGUACUUGCUUCCUUAGUUUCUCUUUGUGGUACUUGAUUAUUAGUGUAUAUAAAUGCAGUCAGUUUCUGGGUAUUGAUUUUGUUUUUUGCAAAGCUCUUGAGAGUUUUCUAUGUAUGUCAUCUACAUAUAGUGUCAGUUUAACUUCUUCCUUACCAAUUUGGAUGCUUUUUAUUUCAUUUUCUUGUCUGAUUGUUGUGGCUGGGACUUCCAGUACCUUGUUGAAUAAAAAUGUCAAGAGUGGACAUCAUUAUCUUAUUCCUGAUCUUGGAGGAAAAGCUCUCAGUUUUUCACCAUUAAAUAUGAUACUAGCUGUGGGUUUUCCAUAUAUGGCCUUUUUUAUGUUGAAGUAUGUUCUCUUUAAACCCAUUUUGUUGAGAAUUUUUAUCAUGAACAGAUGUUGAACUUUGACAGAUGUUUUUUUCUGCAUCUGUUGAAAUGACCAUGUGAUUUUUAUUUUUCAUUUUGUUAAUGUGGUGUAUCCUGUUGGUUGAUUUGUGAAUAUUGAAUCAUCCUGCAUCCCUAGAAUAAAUCUUCCUUGAUGAUGGUGCAUGAUCCUUUUAAUGUUUUGUUGAAUGCAGUUUGCUAAUAAUGGUUGAGGAUUUUUGCAUCUGUUAUUGGCCUGUAGUUUUUUUGUAGUGUCUUUGGUUGUGGUAUUGGGGUAAUGUUAGCCUCAUAGGAUAAAUUUGGAAGUUUUCCUUUUCUCUUUUUUUGGAAUAGCUUGAGGGAAGUAGGUAUUAACAAAUAUUUGGUAGAAUCCACCUGUGAAUCUGUCUGGUCCUAGACUUUUACUUGUUGGGAGUUUUUGGUUAUCAGUUCAGUUUUGUUACUAGUAAUUAGUCUGUUCAGUUUUUCUAUUCCUUCUUGAUUCAAUUUUGGGAGAUUUUAUGUUUCUAGGAACUUACCCAUUUUUUCUAGGUUGUCCAGUUUGUUGGCAUAUAAUUUUUCAUAGUAUUUUAUAGUUCUUUGUAUUCCUGUGGUGUUGUUACCUUUCCUGUUUCAUUUUUUAUUCUAUUUAUUUGGGUCCUCUCUUUUUCUUGACGAGUCUAGCUAAAGGCGUAUCAAUUUUGUUUAUCUUCCAAAGAACCAGCUCUUGGUUUUACUCAUCUUUUCUAUUUUUAUCUCUAUUUCAUUUGCUUCUGUUCUGAUCUUUAUUAUUUAUCUCCUACUAACUUUGAGCUUUGUUUAUUCUUUUUCUAGUUCCUUUAGGGGUAAGGUUAGAUUGUUCAAGAUUUUUCUUGUUUCUUGUGGGAGGCCUGCAUUGCCAUAACUUUUCCUUUAGAACUGCUUUCCCUGUGUCCUAGAGAUCUUGGACUUGUGUUAUUUUCAUUUAUCUUUUUUUUUUUUUAAGAUUUUCUUUAUUUGAAGUAGAAAGCAGGAACAGGAGGAGAGGCAGAGGGAGAGGGAGAAGCAGACUGCCUGUGGAGCACGGAGCCCGAUGCCGGGCUUGAUCCCAGGGUCCUGGGAUCAUGACCUGAGCUGAAGGCAGACGCUUAAAUGACUGAGCCACCCAGAUGCCCCUAUCUCUGUCUUUUUAAAAAGAUUUAUUUAUUUACUUUAGAAAGAGGAGGAGGUGGGGAGGGCAGAGGUAGAGGGAGAGAGAAACCCAGGCGGACUCCGUGCUGAGUGCAGAGCUCUACAUGGUGCUUGAUCUCCUGACCCUGAGAUCGACCUGAGCGGAAACCAAGAGUCGGAUGCUUUAACCCAGGUGCCCCAUUUUCAUUUAUCUUCAUUUAUUUUUUUAUUUCAUCUUUGAUUUCUUGGUUGACCCCUUCAUCGUUUAGUAGCAUACUGUUUAGUGUAUGCUGUGUACAUUUGAUAAGUUUCAACUUUUUAUAAUAGAUUUGUGUGUAUUUUAUGAUAGUAAAUGAUAAAAUAGGCUAGUAAUCAUAUAUAUUUUUUCCAUUCAAGACAUAUACCUUGUUUUUAAUUUUUUCAGUAUUUCUAGACUAUGCAGUUUGUUCAUUUUUUCAGAUUAUUGCAAAUCCCCCCAAAAUUUUCCAGUGUAUUUAUUGUCAUGGAGGGAGUCCAUUCAUAAUAAGCAGUCAUGAGAAGUUUUAUCAGUGGAGGGGAAGAGAAGAGUAGCAGGAUGAAGGUUGCUACGGCGAGAAAGAUUUAUACAGUAGUCCCCCCCCCACCCCCACCCAUCCCUUAUCUGCAUGGGAUGGUUUCCCAGGACCACCAGUGGUUGCCUGAUACAGCAGGUAGUACUGAACCCUAUGUAUAUACUAUGUUUUUUCUAUACGUACAUACCUGUGAUAAAGUUUAAAAUAUAGGAGAUUGGGACGCCUGGGUGGCACAGUUAAGCAUCUGACUCUUGGUUUUGGGUCAGGUUAUGGUCUCAGAGUUGUGAGAUCGAACCCCACGUUGGGCUCCACGCUUAGCAUGGAAUCUGCUUCAGAUUCUCUCUCCUUCUCCCUCCCCCCCCCCCACUACGCACUCUCUCUUUCUCAAAUAAUAAGUAAAUUUUUCUAAAAAAAAAAACCCAUAUAUGAGGUUAGUGGCAAUGAGAUUAGAAUAGUUAUAACAACAUACUGUAAUAAAUGUUAUGUGGAUGUAUUUUUCUCUCUCAAAAUACCUAUUGUACUGUACUCCUUCUUCCUGUGAUGAUGUGAGGUGAUACAGUGCCUACGUGAUGAGGUGAGUGAUGUAGGCAUUGUGACACAGUGUUAGGCACUGUUGACCAGUGGCAGACUUUCUAAUAAUAAAUGCAGAAGGAUAAUCACCUGCUUCAGAUGAUCCUGGAUCAUCAAGCCCUGACAUUGUCAAUGAUUGGGGGUACUUAAAAGUUGAAGAGUUUUUUUCGCCUAAAACUUUUGGAGGAACAUUGUAAUUGGAAUUUGUUGUCUCUUUUUAACUAUCAGAGUGUUGCUGCAGAGAUUGUAAUCCUUCAGGGAUCAUACAGAUGACUUUAAUCCUGUGUUCCAUUUGAGGAUCAUAUUCUGUAAUUUUGUCACUUAAUGUCUGUGCAAUUCAAAACACUUCAGCAAAUUUUGGUAAUGUCCACAUUGCUGGUUCUGCUUUAUUUUCUGCUUCAGUUUCUUCAUCUUCUUCCUUUGUAAAUGACUCAACAAGUUCUUUCACUUCCUCACUCGUUAACACUUCUAGAUGUUCCUCGGUAUGUGCUUCAACAAACUCAUCAAAUAGGUUGGCUAGUUCUACUCCACUAAUUUAUCUUGCUAUGUGAAGCAUUUUUUAACUUCUCCAUCAAUCCCGUGGAAGCCUUUGAAAUCACUCAUGACUUUACUCCAUAAGCUCUUCCAGCAGUCGUGUACAGUUUCUGGUUUUAAUUCAUUCAUUGCAGCUUUUAUGAAUGUUACUAUAUCAGCAGUAGUGAAUGACCUCGAGCAUCGCGUUAUGUCCAGAUUACAGUCUGCAUCAAUUGCCGAUGGAAUGCGGUAAAAUACAAGGCAGGUGUAUGUGGCCUUGAAUGAUGUCCUGGUCAAGGGGCUAAAGCAGUGAGGUUAUAUUUGGAGGUAAGAGUAUAACCUCAUCAUUGUCAUUUAAAUAGCAAACAGACUCAGGAUAGCCAAGUGCAUUGUCUGUUAUUAAGAGGACUUUAAAUUCCAAGUCUUCCUCUUCUGAGUAUUUUUUCACUUCUGAGAUGAAGCAUUGGUGGAACCAUUCCAUAAAUAAGAUGGCUGUCACCCAUGCUUUCUGAUUAUGUUACCAGAAGGCAGGCACAUAAUUUGUUUUUGUUUUUGUAAGCACAGGGGUUCUUUCCUCUGUACAGUACACCUGGCUUUAUCAUAUACCCUGCAGCAUUGUCACAUAGUAUCAGAGUUAAUCUGUCCUUCCAUGUUUUAUGCUGUAGUGCCUCUUUUGCACUUUUUUUAAUGUAGGUUCUGUUGGCCAUCAUCUUUCAGAAGAGCCCAGUUUCAUUGUAUUUGCAGACUUGAUUUGGAUGCUAUCUUGUCUCCUUAACCAGCUUCUUCAGCUCUGCUAGGAGUUGAAACCACAGGUGAAGGGUACUGCUAUAUGAGGAGUGGCUAGCAGGAGGAUUUCAUAUGAGGCGAGGCAACUAACUGACAGGAAUUGAAUAUGAUGAGAAUUUAGAAGGGCUUCUCCUGAAUAGGGAACAAGAUUAGUUAGGAAGGAUCCCAUGAUUAUUUCUUCAGGGACCUUGACUAAAAGAACAGUGGCAGCAGUGGCUCUGAGGCAGAGGGUGGGGUGUGCUCUUAUGCCACAGGGUCUAGAUGUUGGUCAGAAUAACCUGUGGGCCAGUGGUGUUGCCCAUGUUUUGGGGUGAGUACCCCAAGGGCAUUCCUCUCUGUUCAUUAUGUAAAAAGGAAAAUGGGAAGUUGAUCGUCGAGAUGUCCAAGGGUAGGGGAUUUGUUAGUCUUUCAUUUAAGACUAAAUUUAAGGACUAAAUUAUUUUGGUCUUAACCAAAUAAUAGGGUCAAGUUUGUUGUUUUUUAGUAAACAUAUAGGGGUUGGUCCAUAAGAAAGAAGUUUGGAAUUGAAUUUUGAGAGUGGCCAAGAGAGAACCUUGUAAUUGGUGCUUAGUUUUGGUUUUUGAGAAGUUUCGGAUGCCAUGAUAACCGUUUGGAUCUAAUCGUAGCCUCUGUUUCCAAAGUUAGGUGCUCUAAAUACCAAACCUGAGUUUGAACGAAUUGCCAUUUUUCCUUGGAGACUUCAUGUCGCUAUAAGACUAAAAGGUGGAAAAGCAGAGAAGCAAGUCAUCUACAUAUUGUAAUAGGGCAGAGCUUCCAGGAAAUUUUAUAUGAUCUAGAUCAGUUUUCAAGGUUUGUGAGAAGUACAGAGACUUUGAGUAGAACUUUGGGGGAGUACUGUCCAGGUGUAUUGUCCUUUCCAAGUAAAAGCAAAGACAUAGUGCCUGGUGUUAUCCACUGAGAUGCUAAAGAAGACAACCAUGGUGAAAAAUUUGCUUUCAGCAGGUAUAGAGACCAAUAAAGGAGAGUAUGGAGAUUGGGAACAACUGGAUGGCGAAGGAUGACUGUACUCUUUAUGCCUUGGAGGUCCUGCACAAAUCUCCAUUCUGCAACCAUUUUUUUUUUUUUUUUUAAAUAGGUGAAAAAGGGCUGUUGUAGGGACUAGUACAGGGGAUAAUGAGGCCUUAGGCCUUAUAGUCUUUCAUUGUGAGCUUAAUACCCUGGACAACCUUAUUUAUAGGGUAUUGAUUAAUUCUAGGGAGAGGCUUUGAUCCUAAUUCUAGGAUCUUAAUAGGAGGUACAAUGUGGCACUAUGCCAGUAACAGUUGAGGGUUUUGCCCAUAAGGAGAGUGGUAGCUGGUUCAAUAGGGACAAAUGAUCAGUGUCCUUGUACUUAGCUCUAGUGCCAUCAGAGACAGAACAAAUAAAACAUGUUGCAGGAUCAUGUGGUCCACCUAUUUGGCUAUUUUGGUUGCUUUUUUCAAAUUCUAGAAUUAUUUCCCCCUUUCAGGAGAAAUUCCAGCAUAUUUUCUAAGAAAUUUCAGCCCAGUCAGUAGGGGCAGAAGAGCUAAGGAGAAAAGGGUGGAGGUAUCUUGGCCUAAACAAAAGGGAAUAGGUUUAGAGGUAGGAACCUGUUGAGUUUUACUGGAGGUUUUGGCUUAAGGGAUUGCAUGGCUGGUUUGAUCUUCUAUCCAGAACUAUUUGAACUCUUUUAAUAUUUCAGGGCAGGGGCUGUUUAAUAACAGUGAAGUUGAGCACCAGGUAUAGCUUCAGUGUCAGUAAGGACAGACAGACAUUCAUUCUCAAUCUGGAGAGUGGUUUCUUUGAGCUGAUUAAGGGGAAGGAUUGGGAAAAGCCCCUGUAGUUGCUUGGAGUUCCGACAUUGGGGAUUGGCAGGGCACUGGCAAGGCUGGCUAGAGAGCUGAAGGUGCCUGGAGCACUUAAGCUUGCAACAGUCUUCUUUCAGUGCCUGGCCUUUUACAAUAAUGGCAGAGACCCAGGAAGGUUGUGUUUUUGUUUAGGGGCCUCCAUUUGUUAGAGCUGAAAGUUAAGGAUUUUAGUGGUCUUCCUCUUAGUUAACUCAUCUAGGUGCAAGUGAGCUGGCUUGCUAAAUUAAAUCUGAAGUGGACAUAGUUUCCCAUUCCAUCCUGGUCCUUUUACCUAGAAGAAAAAGAUCCUGGUUCAGCCCAUUAAUAGUGUUAAAGGCUCCCCAAGUGGAUUCAGUGAAGACUGGAAUUUUCUUCAGAAACCGUUUGGAGCUGGCUGUCGUAAUCAUGCAUGGGUUUAUUGGACUUCUCUGUAUAGGCCUGAGUCUUACUCUCUUUGACUCUCACAAGUAUGUUUGAGUCAGAUCUGUUCUUUGUUAUUAAGUCCCUAUAAAUGACCCGUUUCUUCCCCUGUGCGACCAGUUGCUUGGGUGAGGGGCUGGGGGUGGUGGCUUCCAACUUCGUAUCUGCAGUAUCUGGUACAUAGGGAAUAGGCCCUCAGAAUUUGUAUGAUGAUGGAUGCAUUUGCUUAUGGUCUUAAUUCUGUAUAGAAUAUCCCUAUUUUUUUCCAUUUCUUAAGUGUCCCCAGUGAGAAUGUCAGUACUCUUAUGAAAUGCCUCACUCUAUGCCCUCUACAGGAACCUUUGCCACUCCAGCCGUGAUGUGGAAGUGCCUUGUUUAUGCCCCUUACGGCACCUCUCACAGCCCCUGGUUUUAGGGUUAGUUGCAGUUAGCUUUUUUACCUUGUGUGUCGUCCUCAGAGUGUUGUUUCCUUAGCUUUGGAUCAUUGAUGCAGAGCUCCGUGCCUUUCACAUAGUAGAUAAUCAAGUAUUGGAACUGCUACUUUUCCCAAACUAGUUUUUUUUUUUUUUUUUUAAGAUUUUUUAUUUAUUUAUUUGACAGAGAGAGCACAAGCAGGGUGAGUGGCAGGCAGAGGCAGAGGGAGAAGCAGGCUCCCCGCAGAGCAGGGGGAGCCUGAUGUGGGACUCGAUCCCAGGACCCUGGGAUCAUGACCUGAGCCGAAGGCAGUCGCUUAACCAACUGAGCCACCCAGGUGCCCCCCAGACUAGUUUUUAAAAUUUAUUUUGUUUUUUAUAUCAUGCCCUGGAAAUUGAUCACUUAUUCAUCAAUAUAGAUAGAAUAGUAAUUUUUCAGUAGGUUUUUAACUCAUGGCCAUGAGAACUAAAUCUAAUUUGUUUACAUUACUAGAGGGAAUAGCAGUUAUUAUGUAAGUAAUCAAAACCAAAGUGAUAUCCAUGUGUUUUUUGUUUUGUUAAUUAAUUUUCAGAUUUCUUUUUCUUUUGUCCUAAUUGUUUAAAACCAAAAUGUAUAUGUUUUCUUAAAGAUGGGACUGAAGUUUACUUUCUAACUGGGUUAGUCAUUCUUCCAGAGUGACUCAAGAGCCCAGGGAACUUGGGUAGAGUUAAAGAGGCAGAGAGGCCAGAGAUUUAUAAACCCAGGCAUGGAAUUGGUUUGGGCAUAUGGAAAGAUCUGGAAACCAAGAGCGAGUCAAGCAAUUUCAUUUAUAAACAUACCAAUUUCUGGAUACAAAAAUUUGAACUACUUGUAUAUUUUUUUUCUCAAAAACCUCCAAAGAAAUUGAGAUAUUGAAUACCAUAUGACCCUCUUUGAUGGGGGUUGCAUACUUUAUUUUUUAACAGUGUGAACACCUUUGAGAUCUUCUGUCAAAAGCUAUGUAUUUUUUAAGUGGGUUUUCACUUUAAUAUAGGUAUUAGAAAAAUAUAGGUAAGUGAAAAAUACAUAAUUCAAGAUAUACCCAUUCAUUAAUUCGUUGAAUGCCAGUAUGUGCCAGACACUGUUCUAAGCACUAGGAAUACACUGGGGAGGAAGCCAAAAUUCUCUGCCUUUCAUGGAUCUUUGCUCAUUAGAGAAAUAAUCAAAAUGUGUGUUAAAUGAUGUUAUGCUAAAGAAGACUAAAUGUUUGAAGAGGACAAACUGGAGAUAGAAGAUCAAGUAAGAACUCAGCAGGUGACAUUUGAACACAGACUUGAAGGAAGCAAAGGAGGGAGCUGUGCAGAUCCUUGAGAAAGCGUACUCCCUGCAGAAGGAAUGGCAGAUGAGAAGGCCCUGAUGCAGGAGUGAACCAGGGGCUGAGAUUCCUGAGGGGGGGAGAAGGUAAAGUGGGGAGGUCUGGAUCUGGUAAGGCCCUGCACAAGGGAAUACAGAUGAGACAGUGGUUGCCAAGCCAGGGCUUGUUCUAGCUGAUUAUAAAAUCCUGUUGUCCUCACUCAAAAUUCUAUCAGUUGUCAUUCUUUUUGAAAAUGUUCUUAUUUUUACCAAGUGUGCAUACAGUCAAGUUAAAUUUACUUUAUAACUCUAAUAGGGAUUGUUGUGGAGUUUUACUCUGAAUAUCUGGAAGUAUUGAUGUGAAUGGAUUUCAGUUUUGGUAUAUGACUUUAUGGGUAUAUGGUCAGUCUCCAUACUCACCUGCCCUUUCCUCUUCACAUGUUAAAUUACAGUAAUAUCCCAUUUUAGUGUAAUCUGUGUUUAGCAAAGCUAUUUCUUGUCUGGAAUGUAAGUAUAGUUUAUAGCAGAAUAGAUAUGGAGUCAAAAUUGAAUUAAAUAAAAUGACUGGUUAUGAACAGGGACUUAGGAAUAAGUGUGGUAUGGAGUUUUAUGUGUAAUAGAAUUGUAAAAAUCAGAUCAGCAGGGCAUGUUUUUAUGGCCCAUCUACCAAGACUAGAAAUAGCUUUGGUACCUAUUACACUCUUAAACAUGUAUUUGCAUUUCAUCCCGUCAAUACGAGGAGACAAAGAAAAAUGAAAUCAGAAAUUUAGAGCUGGAAUGAAUCUUAAAUACUAUCUAGUCCAAACCUUUGGUUUUACAAGAGCAUUUUUUCCGGAGUGCACUCAUAAUACUUUUUUUUUUUUUUUUCAUAACAAUUCAUUAACACAGCUCACACACAUAGUUGGUGAUAGAAUCUAACUCACUUAAAACUUUAUUUCUCCUGGGCGCCUGGGUGGCUCAGUCGUUAAGCGUCUGCCUUCGGCUCAGGUCAUGAUCCCAGGGUUGUGGGAUCGAGUCCCACAUCGGGCUCCCUGCUUGGCAGGAAGCCUGCUUCUCCCUCUCCCACCCCCUGCUUGUGUUCCUGCUCUCGCUCUCUCUCUCUCUGUCAAAUAAAUAAAUAAAAUCUUUAAAAAAAAAAACCAAAAAACUUUAUUUCUCCUAACAUGUACUGACUUUCUGACAGUUGCCCCAAAUAUCAGGCAACUCAAAAUUAGAGCAUUAGUCAGAUAUUCUGUAUAAUAUAUAGCAUAGUGGUUCUCAGUGGUGAAUAACCCUCACCUGGGAAGCUUGUUUUCUCGGGUUCCCUCCUGAGAUUUUGCAUCUGUAGGUUUGGAAUAGGGCUGGGAAAAAUCCAUGUUUUUAAUGACCUGGUGAGUUUGAAGUGUGAAGGGCAGUGCCCUUAAAAAACACUUGAUUUCAAG